CUAGCAGAAAAACGCGCAUUUGAGCACCGAGCAGAGCCAAACGUGGCUGAUUACAGACCCACUGGUGCAUGAACCGAGUCGUUUCAGCUGGGACGGUUUCAAAGUUGUUCAGAAAUCACAAAUUCUGGUCAAUAUUUACAAAAGCGGGUUAGUGAUUAACUAUCCUCGGUUAAAGCAGCUGCUCGGAGUCCCAGCACACAGUGAGCGAGCAGCUCGGUCACUCUGUCCGCUUCACAAUGCUUUGCUUCCGGGCAUGGAGAGGUCUGCGGCCCCUGCUCAGAGGAGGCCAUUCAUCAGCAUGGAAACGAACCCAGAGCUGCUCAGCAGCUGCCACGCUGGACCUCAGCGGGAUUUACCCGCCCAUCGCCACUCCGUUUACCAGCAAGGAGGACGUGGACUACCAGAAACUAGAGGAAAACCUGCAGCAAUAUGUCAAGAUACCGUUCAGAGGUCUGGUGGUUCAGGGCUCCAACGGUGAGUAUCCAUACCUGACGGAGGAGGAGCGGGUGGAGGUGGUGAGGACGGUCAGGCGAUCCCUGCCGGCGAACAAACUGCUGAUGGCCGGAUCAGGCUGUGAAUCCACGAGAGCCACGAUCCAGCUCACAGAGAAGAUGGCGGCAGCCGGAGCCGACGCCGUCCUCGUCGUAACACCCUGCUUCUACAAGGGCAAGAUGGACAGCCGCGCUCUCAUCCAGCACUUCACGAAGGUGGCGGACAGCAGCCCGGUGCCGGUGGUUCUGUACAGCGUGCCGGCCAACACGGGCCUGGAGCUGCCGCUGGACGCUGCGGUGCAGCUGUCUCAGCACCCGAACAUCCUGGGCCUUAAAGACAGCGGAGGAGAUAUCACACGGAUCGGCCUGAUGGUUCACAAAACCAAAACGCAGGAUUUCCAGGUGUUGGCGGGCUCAGCAGGAUUUCUCAUGGCUGCCUAUAGUGUUGGUGCGGUUGGCGGAGUGUGUGCGCUGGCCAACGUUCUGGGCCGGGAGCUGUGUGAGUUGGAGCGCUUGUGUGCGUCAGGUCGCUGGGAGGAAGCCAGAGUCCUGCAGCAGCGUCUCAUCGAGCCCAACGCCGCCGUGACCAGGAAGUUGGGAGUUCCCGCCCUCAAGCAGGCAAUGGAGUGGUUUGGUUUCCACGGCGGCGCCUGUCGAUCACCUCUUCAGCCGCUCACAGAGGCCGAGACUCAGCAGCUGAGGUGGGACUUCUCCUCCAACGGCUGGCUGUGAGGUGACCCGGCAGGUUUUAGGGUCAGGGGUCAGAGGGGCAAGGGAAUGUGUUAUGUCAAUGGAGUGACCCAACAGGGAUAGUGAUACAAACGAUUGAGUGUGUGCGUGUGUGUGUGUGUGUGUGUAUGUUUGUGUGUGUGUGUGUAUGUUUGUGUGUGUGUGUGUGUGUAUACACACGUGUUACUCACAUUAUGGGGACUCGGCUUCAUUAUGGGGACAAAAAAGUCCCCAAUAGCUGUUAACCCUUAACAUGAAUGUACACACAUUCAUUCCAUCAAAUCCAUCCAAAAAGCUAAUCAACUCAGAUUAAAAUCAAAUACACAUGCAAAUUCACUUCAUUGCUGCUCAGCCUUUAAUGCAACAACACAGUGCAAAAUGUUUUAUAUUUUCUUAUAAGCACAGAGGCUUGUUCCAAAAUCAUUUGCAUCCACAUUUUUUUCUUCGUGUCACAAAAGAAGCUGGAAUAAAAAAUAUAAACAAACAAAGGAGGAACGGUUAACAUUUAGAUCUUUGGUUGAUGAAGACAAGAACUUUUUACAGUGUGCAUCACAACACGUUCAUAUGGGUCAUAUCAGACUGUAUGGUUUAUUAAUGGGUCAAUAUUUUUAACAACAUGAAUGCAAACUGUUGAUACUGUAGAAGAAGAAUGUUUUUAAAUGAGGUUUAUAUUCAUUCCUCUGUUUCCUUCACACUAAAACAAAUCACUGUCAUACCAUUGAGUAGCUACAGUCACGA